GUUCGAUCUUAUCUAUACUGCUACCGCGUCCGAGUGCCCCUGGCAUGAUCUUAUGGUGGACUUUCAGAAUGUCCGGAUUGUUUCGAUCGGUCCACUCCGAAAGAGUACUAGCUGUCAACCAGAAGUAUUCGGUUAAAAAAGGUACAGUUGGGAAUCGUGACGGAGUAUCUAAUUCUCCAGGGUUUCCCAAAACACAAAGUCCGAUUCAAUGAAAGAAAUAAAUCAAUCGAUCCAGAUGGAGAUUGGAUGUGAAGCUGAUCAAUACAGAGUAUCAUUGUCAACAUCAUGGGUACCCAUAGAAGUUAUUCGAGAAGGGAUGGCUAUAAAGUCGAAGUCGUCCAGGCGCUGCCUACGUUUCCAACUCGUCUUUCAUUCGAACCCACCAAUUCACCGGCAAUCGGCGUCUGAUAAAAUACAAACAAACACAGCUGAAGUGACGGUCUUUGCUCGAUAAAGGACCAUGGACUUGUUAGCUCGAGGAAACGACGCCCUCAAUACCAACCCUCCCAUUGGGGUGGACUUGAGCCUCUCCGUCAACGGUUCCGACUGGCUCUGGGCUGUCACGGCCGUCCAUCUAUUGUUUUUCUUCAUCGUCCUGGUUCCAUCCUUCACUUCUCCCGAAAGCAAGAGAGUUUUCAACUAUACUCUGUCCAUUGCCUUGUUGAUCGGCUCCGCCUGCUACUAUGCCCAGGCGUCCGACCUCGGGUGGGACGCUGUUCAGCAAGAGAACGGCCUUACGCGACAGAUCUUUUACGCCCGGUACAUCAACUGGACCGUUUCCUUUCCGGCCAUCGCCCUGUCCCUUGGCUUGAUGUCGGGCGUUUCGUGGACCACGAUAAUCCUCAAUAUUGUCCUCUCGUGGACUUGGGUACUGACCUACCUCGUCGGGGCGUACACCACCACCGCCUACAAAUGGGGCUUCUUCGCUUUCGGCACCUUUGCUUACGUCAUUCUCGCCAUGAGCACGCUCAACGAGAGCCGUGAAUCGGCAGAGGUUCUGGGCUACUCUCGCCAUUACAUGAUCCUCUCCGGCUGGGUCAAUCUUUUGUGGCUCUUGUAUCCUGUUGCCUGGGGCUUGAGUGAAGGUGCAAACGUCAUUGGCGUCACCGGAGGCUUCAUCUUUUUCGGUGCACUCGACGUGCUUCUGUUGCCGGUUUUGAGUGUUGGCUUCCUGGUUCUGUCUCCCGGCUGGGAUUGGGCAAAGCUCCAACUCGACUUUAGCGAAUAUCGCGGCGUCCGAUCGAUCGACAACCAACCUACCAAGGAGACUGUCCCUUCAACGGAGGAUAAUAAUUCGACGGCCAUCUAAUGUCUCGCGGCUAGGCUAACGGAAGAACGGAUUGUAAGGUGGGAAAGGUCAAGAGCCUGUUGGUCACAGGAGCAUUUGUGUCAAGUGGAUUUUUCUUGUGAUGUUCAAAGUCGUUCAUUUCCAAAACGAAAAAGCACUGCUUGCAUCCCGGCGCUCGCUGUUCUCGAGUUGCAUCUUUGCUGGCUCUGAACGACUCUUUCAUAUUUUACAUUUGGAUUUGGGCUUGACUUGAAAGUCUGCAAUAGAGUUAUUGGUACGGAUAGAAACAAUUAAAUGGGACGCCUUGUUGUGAGUACGUGCCUCAAUUCAGG